GAACAGAAGAUAAGAAGUACUUAAUCUUUGCAUCCGAAUAAUAUAUUUUGUGCGAAAUAAUAAUGUACAGAUUACUCAAGCUGACCUUCGGCGCCGGGGAGCAAGGACGAUAAACUCGCCAUGGGGAAUGCUGUACGAACUGCGUCUAAUUUUGGUGAAUUCCCGAAGGAAUAUAAUCCUAAAAUCCAUGGCGCAUACCAGGCUGAUAGAUUCUAUGGAACACCUGACAAACCAUUUUUCACCUUGAAAUUAAACGAAGUGAUUCCGUGGAUGAAGAGGAGAGAUGCUUCAGUAACAGGGACAGCUCGAUUCAUUUCCAGAAAGUUAUAUCAGCACCAGAGGACUUGGCAUCUAUGUGCCAAGAACAGGGGAGUUGGUCUCGUCCAUUUUGGUCUAUUCUUUGCUUUCUUAGGAAUGUUAAGAAGCUUUAAUCAUGAUCGUCAUCUUGAUGACGGCAAAUACCACUGAGCCAGCACCGAGUGAGAUCCUAUGUAGACUUUACACAAGUGAAACAGUACAUGUACAAAUAAAUUUCUAGUGUU